AUGGUCGCCGCCGCCGAGCUCGAGAAGCACCUCUCCACCCGCGCCUACAUUGACGGCGACGCCGCGUCGACGGCUGACGUCGCCGUCUUCGAGACCCUCAGGCUCAGCGACGUCAAGGAGCCCCACACCGCCCGCUGGUACAAGCACAUUGCUUCGUACGCUGGCGAGACCUCGUCGCUCCCCACUGGCAAGGCCCCCUUCGCCGGUGUUGUGGCGGCCGCUGGUGCCGCCGCCGCCGAGGAGGAGGACGACGACGAGGACAUUGACCUCUUCGGCUCGGACGACGAGGUUGACGAGGAGGCUGAGCGUGUCAAGGCUGAGCGCAUUGCCGCAUACAACAAGGUCAAGGAGGCCAAGAAGCAGGAGAAGCUCGCCUCUGGCAAGCAGCUCGAGGUCGCCAAGUCGGUUGUCACUCUCCAGGUUAAGCCUUGGGACGACGAGACCGACAUGAAGGAGCUCGAGGACGGUGUCCGUGCCAUCGAGGUUGACGGCCUCCUGUGGGGUGCCUCCAAGCUCGUCCCAGUCGGCUACGGCAUCAAGAUGCUCCAGAUCACUCUUGUCAUUGAGGACGCCAAGGUCUCGCUCCAGGACCUCCAGGACAAGAUCACCGACGACCUCGAGGACUUUGUCCAGUCCACCGACGUCGCUGCCAUGCAGAAGCUUUAA